GAAGUUACGUCAUCAACAAGCGCCGGGGCAUGUGGAAGUUCUUCUCCGCGCCGGAAGCACGGUGUGCAGGCUCAGCCGUGGGACCGGCGCGCAAAUACUCCUACAGCGCAUGCGCUAGCUUGUUAGCUGCGGGCUGGAGGCGGGGCGGAAGUGGCAAGAAGUGGCUUUGGGAUCGGAUUGUGGGGGCGGGAGUUGGUCCACCUGGCAGUGCGCUUUGAAGUAUAGAAUAUGAGGCUGGGUUUUGGAAACCAGCGUACCGAGGGCGGAUAAAACUCUGUGAUCCCUGGCUCUCCUCGCAACCUCUGUUGGGGGUCUGCUCUCUUAUUUUCCCACCAGUCCUAGACCUUUUUGAAGCAGCUUCUGUUACUCUCUAUUAUUCAAAGGGAUAACACGAACGGCAAUAACAACUACAAGUUUGUUGUUAUUGUUGUGCUGUCUUUGGAGCAAUCUUUGGAGUGUGCUAUCUUUGAUUGCAUUUCAGUUUUGUUAUCUGUAAAGUGGAGACAGUAUACAUCCUGCAAGGUUGUUUUGAGAUACACAUAGAUGGCCAGGCACAGUGGCUCCCACCUGUAAUCCCAGCACUUUGGGAGGCUGAGACGGGCCGGUCACGAGGGCAAGAGAUCGGGAUACACAUAAAUAAUAGAAGCAGCAUAAUUUUCAAGAGUUAAAAGCGCUGUGCAAGUGAAAAUUAACAGAUUGAGAGAAAAUAGUUGCAACUCAUAUAUCUGAUAAAGGAUUAAUAUUUAGAAUAUAUAAAGAACUACAAGAACGAAAAACCCCCAAACAGUUCAGUUCAAAAAAAGGCAAAGGACUUGAAUAGACAUUUCUCCAAAGAAGAUAUAUUCCAAGAGAAUGACUAUCCACUUGGUAUCUGUGGGGGAUUUGUUUCAGGACCCCCUUGGGUACCAAAAUCUAUGGAUGCUCAAGUUCCUUAUAUAAAAUGAUGCAGUAUUUGCAUACAACCUAUGCACAUCCUCCUGUGUCAUCCUAGAGAUGACUAGGUCAUCUCUAGAUCACUUAUAAUACCUAAUACAACAUAAAUCUAAAUAGUGUUGUAUUGUUUAGGGAAUAAUGACAAAAAGUCUGUACAUGUUCAAUACAGAUGAAAUUUAUUUUGCAAUAUUUCCAAUUCAUGGUUGGUUGAAUCCACAGAUGCAGAGCCCACAGAUAUGGAAGGCCAACCGUACAAAUGGUGGAUAAGCAUAUGAAAGAGUGCUCAACAUGACUAGUCUUUAGGGAAAUGAAAAUAAAAAUCAUGAGAUACCACUUAAUACCUACUAGGAUGGCUACUAUAAAAAAAAAGGAAAGUAAUUGUUGGCAGAUGUGGAGAAAUUGAAACCCUAUGCGUUGCUGCUGGCAAUGUUAAAUAGUCCAGGCUUUUUGGAAAAACAGUUUGAUGAUUCCUCAAAAAGUUAAACAUAGUAUAACCAUAUGAUCAAGCAAUUCCGCUUUGAUAUAGAUGUUCAAAAUAACUGAAAGCAGGAACUCAGGUACUUGUAUACCUAUGUUUACAGUAGCAUUAUUCAUAAUAACCAAAAGGUAGAAAUAACCCAGAAUGUUCAUUAACAGAUGAAUGCAUAAACAAAAUAUGGUAUAUAGCUACAGAUGACUUAUUCAGCCUUGAAAAAGAAUGAAGUUCUGAUACAUGCUGAAACAUUGAUGAACCUUGAAAACGUUAUGAUAAGUGAAACGAGCCAGACAGAAGGACUAAAUAGUGUAUGAUUCAAUUUAUAUGUGGUACCCAGAAUAGGCACAUUCCUUGAGAGAGAAAGUAUAAUAGAGGUCACCAGGGAUUGGAAGGAGAGGAGAGUGGGAGUUACUGUCUAAUGGGUACCAAGUUUCUGUUUAGGAUGAUGAAAAAGUUCUGAAAUGGGUAGUGAUGAUGGCUACACAUUGUGGAUAUAUUUAAUGCCAUUGAAUGGUACACUUAAAAAUAGUUAAAAUGGGGUUGGGUGCAGUGGCUCAUGCCUGUAAUUCCAGCACUAUGGGAAGCCGAGGUGGACAGAUCACUGGAAGUCAGGGGUUCGAGACCAGCCUGGUCAAAAUGGUGAAACCCUCUCUCUACUAAAAAUACAAAAAUUAGCUGAGCAUGUUGAUGUGCGCCUGUAAUCUCAGCUACUUGGGAGGCUGAGGCAGGAGAAUCGCUUGAACUUGGGAGGCAGAGGUUGCAGUGAGCUGAGAUGAUGCCACUGCACUAGAGUGCCUGGAUGACAGAGUGAGACUCUGUCUCAAAAAAAAAAAAGGUUAAAAUGAGCUGGUCAUUGGGCAACAGAGUCUGCUUGUCUGAAGCUGCACAAAAAAAGAAACAGAAUCCACACAAGUCCCCCAGGAUUCCUGGGGAAGCCCAUGUAGUCUAACUACCAGGAAGUAUCUGGAACAGAAGGAAGACUAGAUGCUCUUCAUGCUCCACUGCGCUCCAGUCCUCACUGCUGCUCACCUUAUGAUCGCCCUUGUCUCCCCAACCCCUUCAUUCAACUCAGUGCUGAAUUGCUCAAAUCCAUGGAGCCCACCCAAAGUGAGCCCUUUCAAGAUAACUGUAGAGGAACUUGAGGACAGAGUGUUUGUGAAUUGCAAUACCAGCAUCAUGUGGGUAGAGGGAACAGUGGGAACACUGCUCUCAGACGUUACAAGACUGGACCUGGGAAAACGCAUCCUGGACCCACGAGGAAUAUAUACAUGUAAUGGGACAGAUAUAUACAAGGACAAAGAAUCUACCGUGCAAGUUCAUUAUCGAAUGUGCCAGAGCUGUGUGGAGCUGGAUCCAGCCACCGUGGCUGGCAUCAUUGUCACUGAUGUCAUUGCCACUCUGCUCCUUGCUUUGGGAGUCUUCUGCUUUGCUGGACAUGAGACUGGAAGGCUGUCUGGGGCUGCCGACACACAAGUUCUGUUGAGGAAUGACCAGGUCUAUCAGCCCCUCCGAGAUCGAGAUGAUGCUCAGUACAGCCGCCUUGGAGGAAACUGGGCUCGGAACAAGUGAACCUGAGACUGGUGGCUUCUAGAAGCAUCCAUUACCAACUGUACCUUCCCUUCUUGCUCAGCCAAUAAAUAUAUCCUCUUUC